CAGGGCAGUAGUUGCAUGAACAACCUCCAGACUGCACCUGAGCACAAGCACAUACAACUUUAAUCCACAGAGAACCUGAAGGAUGUCCAGCUUAACGGAGAUCUGUGCGGGAUUGCCCCUUGAUCCUCUGCCCCCAAAUCGUGGAAGAGACCCCAGCAUACCUCAUGCCCCUGUUCGUACACCAAACUUCACCCAUGAAGAAGAACGGCUGGCUUUGAGGAAUGCUUUGAGAUACUUUCCUCCUGCACUACAUGCGACUCUGGCUGCAGAGUUUGCACAGGAGCUCAGAGAGUAUGGACACAUAUACAUGUACCGCUUCUGUCCUGCACUCUGCAUAAGAGCCUAUCCCAUUAAUCAGUACCCGUGCAGAACAAGACAAGCUGCAGCAAUUAUGCUUAUGAUCAUGAAUAAUCUGGAUCACGCAGUAGCGCAGUUCCCACAAGAGCUUGUCACAUAUGGUGGAAACGGACAGGUGUUCAGCAACUGGGCUCAGUUCUGGCUGGUAUUUCACUAUCUGAGCAUCAUGACUGAAGAGCAAACCCUUGUGAUGUACAGUGGCCAUCCACUGGGUCUUUUUCCCAGCCUCCCUUCUUCCCCACGCUUGGUUAUCACUAACGGAAUGGUCAUUCCAAACUAUUCUUCUAGAGAGGAAUAUGAGAAGAUGUUUGCUAUGGGUAUUACCAUGUAUGGGCAGAUGACAGCAGGGAGUUACUGUUACAUUGGUCCCCAGGGCAUUGUCCAUGGCACCAUGUUGACAGUGCUGAAUGCAGGUCGAAGAUACUUGGGCUCAGGUGACCUCAGAGGUCGUGUGUUUGUGACCUCUGGUCUAGGUGGCAUGAGCGGAGCACAAGCGAAGGCUGCAGUCAUUGCUGGCUGUAUCGGGGUCAUUGCUGAGGUUGAUGAAUCUCCCCUAAAGAAAAGGCACGAGCAAGGCUGGCUGAUGGAGGUCACUAGUGACCUGAACCACUGUAUCCAACGCAUCAGGGACGCCAAAAAGGCAAAGAUGGCCCUCAGUUUAGGAUACCAUGGCAACAUUGUGGAUCUUUGGGAGCAUCUCUACCAGGAGUACGAGCAGACAGGAGAGUUGUUGGUGGAUUUGGGCUCUGAUCAGACAUCACUUCAUAACCCAUUCAGUGGAGGAUAUUAUCCAGUGCAGCUCACCUUCAGACAAGCUAAUCAACUCAUGAACACAGAUCCUCAGAGCUUUAGAACCUUAGUACAGGAGAGCCUUCGUAGGCAGGUGGAAGCCAUCAAUAAUCUGACUGAUGCAGGGAUGUUCUUCUGGGAUUAUGGAAACGCUUUUCUAUUAGAAGCCAAGAGAGCAGGUGCGGAGGUCGAGAAGACAGGGGGAGGAGCUACUGAGUUUAAAUAUCCCUCAUAUGUCCAACACAUAAUGGGAGAUAUUUUUUCACUGGGUUUUGGACCGUUCCGCUGGGUUUGUACCUCUGGUGACCCUGCUGACCUGGCUGAGACUGAUGCAAUCGCCACUGCUGUAUUAGAAGAGAUAAGCUCAACAGUAACUGAAUGCGUACGUCAGCAAUACAAUGACAACAUCCGCUGGAUCCGUGAGGCUGGGAAACACAAGAUGGUUGUGGGUUCACAGGCCCGGAUUCUCUAUUCGGACCAGAAGGGAAGAGUGUCCAUCGCAUUGGCAAUAAACCAAGCCAUUGCAAAGGGCAGAGUCUCGGCUCCAAUUGUCAUCAGUAGAGAUCACCAUGAUGUUAGUGGGACAGACAGCCCAUUCAGGGAGACCUCUAAUGUUUAUGAUGGCUCUGCGUUUUGUGCAGACAUGGCAGUGCAAAACUUUGUUGGUGAUGCAUUUCGUGGCGCCACAUGGGUUUCCUUGCACAAUGGAGGUGGAGUUGGAUGGGGGGAGGUGAUAAAUGGCGGGUUUGGUUUGUUUCUGGAUGGUUCUGAAGAAGCAGCGCAGAGAGCUAGACUAAUGCUGAACUGGGAUGUCUCUAAUGGGGUGGCCCGGAGAUGUUGGUCUGGCAAUUCAAAUGCUUAUGAGACAAUUCAACGUACCAUGGAGGACCAGGGUCAUCUAAGAGUCACCAUGCCUUACCCAGUACAAGACGAACACAUUCUGGACCGUGCACUGCAGGGCUAGACUAAACUCUACACUAAAAUAUAAUAUUAUGUAUUAAAAUUCAACAGAAUUACAAUGAAUUCACCUUCAUCAUGUCUAACAGUUCAGAAUUCACACUUAAACACAAAGUAACACAAUCAGCAGAGUGCUGCUAUUCUGUGAGUAAAGUGAUACAAUGGAAGGCUCAUACCAGACAAAUCUACCUAGUCAAUUUCAUUAAAGUAAAAGAGUUUCCUUACCCAAAUGUACUGUGGUAGUACCCUGGCAUACUGAUGGCAUCAGAAGGUAAUACACUUUGAUAUAUAUCAUAGUACUGAAUAAUUACCACAUUCAUGUAUUUAAAUACCUUUACAUACUCCAAGGUACUUGAAAGAAUUAAUGUACAAAAAACAUGGUAUUACUAUAAAGAUAAUUACUAUGAACUUAUUUAAAAAACAAAAAUGGAAGUUCAAACUUUUAAAGAUAAGUCCAGAGAAUCAUAGUUCUACCUUGCAGUUUUUUGUUAGCGUGUCCUCAUUCAAACUGUAAAUUGGUUGUAUCACUCUGUCAGUGUCUACAAAAACAAUUGAUUACAUUUGAGUGCUUGAACUUUGAUCUUCUGUUUGUUAAAUGUGAUGUGUGGUCUUAAAAUUGAACUAAACUGAGAAUGCCUAAGUGCGUGACUGUCUUUUCCAAGAAAAGCAAGUAAGAGAAAAAAAUAUUUGACCUUCUGAGUAAGAGACUUGGAUGUCAUGGAUAGAUAUGUAAACAUGCCAACUGUCCACAAUAUUCCUGAGUCCCAUGAUGCUUCGUGGGCGGAUGUUCCUGUUAAGCAUACACAAUCCUUAUGUUAUGAACUAUAGCAGCAUAAAAAUUGAGAACAAAUGAUUACAGAAUUAUUACGAAGUGAUAUUGUUCUUCCCUGCCUAUCGGUUAAUGAUUGCCAAAUAUUGCAAAUAUAAGCAUUUUAGUUAUUUGAGUCUUUUUCAUAGAUGGAAGAGCCUGAGCAGACUAACCUGAAAAGCUAUGUAUUCUAUUAGCGCCUUUACAGCUGAAAAGCUGGACACGUUUUGAGAACUGUAGAUAAUUCUGGUUAUUUAUAUUGAGUCUAGUCAGAACCUCAAGAGAUUGUUGGUCCGAGAUUAUGUACUUACUGCAGAUACAGGGGAGGUCCAGAAAGCAGGAUGCUCAUGUAUUACAGGACUCGGGCGAUAAUACUGUCAUGCUACCGUUUUUUGGAUAAAAUACAAUUAUUUUGCAGGAGAUGAGUGUGUAGUAAGCUCAAUCUAGCUUUAAUAUUGUUAGUUUACAUACAUAAUCUCUGUAUCUAAAUGGUAUAACCUACAUUAAAUAUUUUAGUGUAACUGAACAACUGCAAUACGUGCAAUACAAAUAAACAUUUAUUUGGACAUACAUUAUAAACUUUGUACAAAAAAGAUCAAUGUUCUCUGUAAAGCAACUAUAAAACUGUAUGUA